AAAAAAUAAAAAAAAUAAAAAGAGAACAAAGGGAAGGUCUGGAAAAGCAUUUAUCCGCAUAGUGAAAAUAAAUCUUACAUCGAUGGCAUUUAUAACUAAUUGGUAAGAGGAUCUACCAAAAACAGUAAGAAUAGUAAUAGAAUUUCCUAUACUAGCUAGCGAAUUUGUCAGCUAAAAUCUUUAACAGUAGCGGGUGUAAUUUUUAUAGGUAAUUGCUUAAGCAUUUUUCCAUUCCCCUUCUAAAUUAUUGUAUUUCAACAAUAUUUAGUUAUUUUGUUGUUUCGUGAUACUAUGUGCUGUGGAUAAAGAUUAUAACUAAAUAUUCAAACUAAAAUAAUAGCCGUUGCGAAGUCUUUUACUUUUAUCCCAGUCAUAAGUAAAAAAAUUAACUAUUGCAAAAAAAAAGUUAGCGAUUAUCUAUAACGUUCAAUUUUAGAUAUGACAGACUCCGAAACUCCUCCACCAACUAAGAAAAGAAGAGUUAAACAAGCUUGUGACUUUUGUCGGUCGAAAAAGGCCAAGUGUGAUGGUCAAACUCCAACAUGUUCAACAUGUAUAAGUAAUCAUGAAACCUGUACAUAUACUCAAUCAACUAAACGAAGAGGUCUACCCACAGGGUAUACUCAUGAUCUUGAGAAAAAGGUUAUUUUAUUUCAAGCAUUAAUGACGAGUCUAAUAACAGAUUUCCCAGAUUUAAAUAAAGUUAUUGAAGCUAAAUUACUUAGUAUUAUGACUGAUGGUUUAGAAUCAGAAAAGUUUUUAGAAAAUAUUAAUAAUUUACAAGUAUUAUGGGAUAGUCAUAGUGUAUCAGAAAUGUUUGAUCAAUUUAUUGUCGAUAAUAAUUCAGCAAUUCAUGAAGCAAAGAGAUCAACCACUGGAUUAAUGUCAUUAUCUUCACUUCAAAAUCUGAUAUCUCAACAACUGGAAAUGAGUUCUACUGCAUUAGAUAUACCUCAAGUACAAUCAUUUAAUAAUAAUAAUCAUAAUAAUAAUAAUAAUAAUAAUAGUAGUAGUAUUGUUUUCCAUGGAACACAUGGAGUUGAUUCUCAAGAUUAUAAUUUAAUUAGUGAUCCAGCAUUCUUUUUAAAUGAUGAUAUUUUCCAAUUUAUAGCCGAAGAAUUCGAUGGUAAUACUGAAAAUUGGGAACCAGUAGCUCUACAAUAUCAUGGUUUAUCAUCUAUUAUAUCUGGAUUUACUUCAAAGGCAAUUCAACAAUAUAAUAAUCGACUUUUGAUUGAUCAAAAGAAUCCAUUUAGAGUUGGAUCGAUUUUUAAUAUUUCAUCAUCAGCAAUUAGUGCUUCAAUUUCAAAUACCAUAAAAUUACCAUCAGAAAUAUUUCAAUUUCCCGAUAAUUUAAGAAAGAUUGUUGAUUGUUAUUUCCAAAUAUAUCAUCCGUGGUUACCUAUGUUAGAUCGAAUUUCUAUUAUACGACAAACUCAUCAUUUACAAUCAUUUAAUGGAACUGGUGAUAAAUCUAAAUUAAAAGCUUCUGAUUGUAAUAUGAUUGCAUUAAUUUGGGCUAUACUUGCCUUAGGUAAAUUAGGUUCAUCUAGUUCUGCUUCAAAUACAGUUAAUAAUAAUAAAUUAACUGCUUCUUAUGCAAAAAAUGCUAUAAUGGCUUUAGAAAAUUCAUUUACCACUACAAUUGAAACAAUUCAGGCUAUGGUUUUAUUGGGAUUAUAUUAUUAUCAAUUGGGUCAAUGGGAUUAUUCUUGGGUAUUAAUUUCUUCAGGAUCUCGAAUGGCUAUAGAUGUUAGAAUGAUGGCUCCAGCCCCACAUUCAGAUGAUUAUUCUAAACGAUCUAAACCGGCAUCUCCAUUAGAUAAAAUUAAUCGUGAAAGAACUUGGGCAUCAGUGUAUAUUAUUAAUACUUUAUUGGCUUCAAGAAUGGGUAGAUCACCAGUUGUAAGAUCUAUGGAUUGGCCAGUACCUCAAAUUAAUAGUGAUGGUUGGGAAGAAUGGGAAUCAUGGAAAUGUUAUCAUUCACCUGAAACUAUAAGUAUGGAUAGUGGAAGAUUUUUACUGUCAUUUAAUGAAGGUAUAAAAGUAAUAAGUAUUUUAAAUGUUGCCCUUACUUGUACUAUAGAUACUACAAGAGGAAUGCUUGCAGAAGAUAGUGAAAUUAAGCAAGAAGAUUAUAUUGAAGAUGAAUCUCUAGAAACAAAGGGAAAUAAGAGAACAUUAUUUUAUUUUAAAACAGUAUUAGAUGAAUGGUUUUCUGAAUUACCUCUGUAUUGUAAAUUAGAUGCUUAUGAAAAUUCAAGUGCUGUACCUCCAACAGUUGCAUUUUUAAAUCUUUGUCGAGAUAUUACUUGGUGUGUUUUAGCUGCUAGAUUAAGUGCUUUAAAAAGUUCAUCUGAUGGUGAUACAGUUAAAGAUAGAAUAAUUAAAUCUCGUAAUAGACAGUAUACCAAGGCUAUAUUAUCAAUUAAGAAAAUCAUUAAUGUUCAUUCAUUAAAGAAUUUAAAGUAUUAUCCAUUUAUUGAUUAUUUUAUAUUAAUGGGAUUUAAUUUCCCAAAUAUGAUGGAUUUUGGUGGUGAAAAUGCUGAUACCUUAAAGAGUACUCAUUGUGAAGAUUUCCGAAGCUUUUUAGUUAAUGCAGCUUUAACAUCUAUACCUUGUAGAAUAUCAUGGGAGAUUUAUAAAGUAAUGAAUGAUAUAGUUGAUGAUCUUUUAGCUACCAUGACUAAUGAAGCAAUGAAAAGAAAAGAACCGAUUUUACCACCUAAGAAUGAUUCAUUAAGAUAUCAAAUUAAUCAUGGAGGUCAAAAUACUUCUUCACCAUUUUCAGGAAUCUUUAAUCAUUUAAAACAAUCUCUGAAUCUGACUCAUAAUCUUGCCACUAUAUUAAAUACUCCUUCUACUAUUGAUAAUAAAGAUUCAGUAAAUUCUGAAGUAUCUAAAAUAUCAGAUAUACUGGAAAAGAAUGAUGUAAAUUCAAAUUCAACUGUCAAUAUUAAUAGUAGUAGUAAUCAUAAUUUUUCAAUAGGACCAAUGUUUGGAAUAAAUUCUGGUUUAAGUCCAUUAAAUCAAUUAGAUACGAGUACAUCUAAAUUUGCUUCAACAUCAAAUAAUCAAAGUCCUCCUCGAGAAGAAUUAGACCUUUUCAUGUUGGAUACUGAUUUUGCUAGAAAUGAUACUAGAUUAGAUAAAUUUAUGAGGAAUUUAGGUUAUAUUCAUAAUGAUUCUAAUGAAAGAAGUGCAAUUGAUAGUAAAAAGAGUGUUAGAAUUUCUACCAAUAAACCAUCAAUACCUUCAUCUAUUGAAAUUAAAGUUAAUAAUGGGAAUAAUGAUAUUGAAAAUAUAGGAUUACAUGAAUAUUUACAGAAAUUAGCUGGUAAAAGUAAUCAGCAAUAAGUAGAUUUAUAGA